UGAAGGCGUUGAAUUUGACGUUUACGGUUUAUAGCCAAUAGCAGCGAACCUACUCAUGUUUGAAUGAAGAACAGGCAGUUGACGUUUACUCCUGCAGCAGUAGGCCAGCCACGCAAGCCCUCAUGUCAACUAGAAGAUCGCAUACAUUUGGAGAGACCAUGCCUUCAACAAGAUCUGGAGAACGCACCCCAUUGAGGUGUGUCCAGAAUGAAAUGCGCCAUCUAUCAACCCCAUCGUCUAGACUCAAAUCGAGAUCAGGGUCGGGCAAUAUCCUCAAAACACCCAAGAAUGAUGCUGUGUUCAUCUACACAGACCCGUUAACACAUUGCCCUCCACCACCUGAGGUCCUAUGCUCUCCUAGUGUUCCAAAGCCCAGUGAUAAAACUACUACCAGUGAUACAGUUCCUACCGCUGAGGACACAGCUGUUUAUACAAGCAGUGGACUUGGAGACAUUACCUUCAAGUCCUUCAUCUGUGCUGGGGGUGAGGUUGAGGUUUCAGAGCCUUCAAGGGUUGUAGACGAAACCAUCCGGCUACCCAAGAAUCAACUGAACAUCUCUUCUCUUCCUUGCUAUGAUGUUGAUAACACAUGUCUCUCUGACAGUAUGGUUACUCAAUGCUGUGACAACCAUGUGGAUCACGUCUAUUGUGAUUUGGAAAGCGAUUUGGCCACAACUGAAGCUGACCUGUCCUUUAAUGGUGGUUCAAACGCCAGUCUUAGUGUUCCACAGUUCACCGAUAUAGCCCACAUCACUGAGACUGUUACUGGCGGACAGGGAGAUGUAACGUUUAAAUCUUUCAUCUGCACCGGAGGGGAGGUGGAAGUUUCAGAGGCUUCCAGGGUGGCACUUGAGACUAUACUCCUACCAACGGAUCAGCCUGCAAACCACCAUCAGCCAUACAACGGCAGUAUAUAUCAAAGUGUUAUAGUAGAUGACUUGGACAUGCAGUCCAUCGACGACCACGCAGAUCAUCUCUAUUGUAAUAUGGCCUCCUCUAGUGCACACCUUUCUUUCAAAGAACCUACACAUUGUAGUCUUCAAAAUAGUACUUUGAAAUCCAUAGAGAUGGUCCACACCAAUGAAGAGUCAACUGAUGUUCAAAAUGCCACUGGCGGUCAAGGACAUGUGACAUUCAAAUCCAUCUGCACUGGGCUUGAGGUUGAAGUCUCAGAGUCCACCAGAGUGUCCGAAGACACUAUCCUCCUACCUGAGAAUCAGACCAGUCAUCUACCGUACAACGACAGGGUCAACCCAAACAUCAUAGAGGAGCAGUUCUCUGAUCAUGCAAAACACCCUUACAGCCAUGUGGAUAGUGAAGGUGCCGUGUGGAAAGCGGACACCGCUGCCAUCAGUGAACCCUCAAUGGGAAAUGCAUCCUUAAGGUCAUUGAAGGACCUGGGUGAUGUCGCCUGUCAGCUUUUCCCUGAAGGCCCCAAACAGGGUUCUUCUCAUGAUGAAGACAGCGCUGUGGUUCCAUCUAUACAGUUGGAAACUGACCGCUCCCAUUGCAAUGAGUUUGGAGCCUCGGCCAGGAGUUCCACACCUGUAGAUGAGGACAACCCAUCGAUAGUCUCUCACUCCCGUUCUCAUGGUUCAAUGCAGGAGUCCAGUGGGGCCAGAGACAGCGCUCCUCUUCUCUCCAACACUACAGACGAAGCGAGCUCUGAGAACAUUGCUGACGUGUUGACUGAGCUACCCAAGAUCCCCUCUGUAGCGAGGUGGGCCGGUGGUGGUGAUGCUUUACAGUUUGAGAUCUUCAGCCCCGUUCUUAGCACUAACUCCAUGACCAGAAGAGGGGGCAUUCAGAAAUCGUCUUUCGCCCAACUGGAGGAUUCCGCUCUAGAAAACGGCAGUGGCUGUGUCCUCAACUCUGCUGAGGGUAGCUUCGUUGUCCCGGCCAACCCAGACAGCCGACUCUGGGCGGCCGUCCUGGAGAGCCCCAUGCCUCUGCCCAAGUUCAACUCGACGGCAGUGGGUGCCGCAUCGACCCGCAAGCCCCCUCCUUCUCUAGACCCAGUCACAGAGACUGUGGAGACGAGGGUAGAAGUGGAGGUACCUCAUGUAAAAUCCCAACCCAAGGUGGAGAAAGUAGAGAUGGGUCUUUUUGAUCAUUUACCAAGGUUGGUUUGUGAGAAGGCCUUUCAGCAGCAACUCAUCCAGAUGGCCCAAUUCCUCAUCCUGGCAUCGGGCAAGAUGGACCCUGUUAGCAACCCUGCCCUAGCUCCUACACCCGCCCCUCCUGUAGUGGAAACUACAGCGGGAACCACGGCUGUAGAGUGCCACAGCAUGUGUGUUGGCACCACUCCGGUGAGGCAGGCAGACCGCAGUGCCAACACCUCAGGUCAGUUUGAGAGGAAGAGGGAGUUCUCUGUGUCUGACGCCUGCACCAGCACCGAGACUCUGCUCUGGAAUCUGGCCCCUGGGAGCCUGUGCGGGGUCCCCAGACAGGAGCUGGAGCAGAGGCUGACCUCCACUCUCAUCAUGGUGGAGGCCCUGGUGCAGCAGCUGUGCACAGCCAGGGGACAAGGCCACUCUAGGGGCCCCGGGCCCUCAGAACUCAGGGACAAGCUGGUCCAGACCGACCACACUGAACUCAGCCAGACGGUAACCUACAAAGACCUGUAUGUGACGGCCCUGGAGAGGAUUAAUGAGCUCGAACUGGAUCAGACCACUCUACACAACCUGCUUCACAGCAUGCAGGACACCAGGAGCACCAUGACAGCCCUGAGUGGAGACACUGAGGCGGCUCUCAGCAGCAUGAGGCAGAUAAGAGACCUGGUUAAAGAGGACCAGCAGAGCCUGGUUACACAGUAUGGUCAGAUGAAGUCCCUUUAUGAGAAGUGCAAGGAGACCCAGGGCAGGAUGGUGCAGAAGGUCCGAGACACCCUGCAGCAGAGAGAGGACAUGAGGAGACGGAUGGAGGAGGCUUACACCGCCAAGGACGCAGCCUUCAGUGUGACCGAGCAGCUGAGGACUCACUGUGCCGUGCGUAUCUCUGAGCUGGAGGAGAGUGUGGGAUCUCACCAGGAGCUGAUGGCUGCCCUGAACAAGACCUACUCAGAACAGGUUGCAUUGAACAAGGCCUACGUGGAAUCCCUUAACUCUGCAUCUGAGCUCCUGAGAGGAACCAUGAGCGAUCACGACAGUCUGCAUCAAGAGCUGAAAACAGCCAGGCGUCUCCUCCAGAGGACAACUCCUAUACUGGUGAAGCUGAAUGAGAAGGCAGCCAACGCUAUAGGAGAGAGAGACCAGCACCUCUCGGAGAGAGACCAAGCUGUGGAGGCGAGAGAGCAGAUCCAAGAGGAACUGGACCAAACCAACGUGAGUCUCCAAGAUGCCAGACAGGAGAUUGGGGACUUGAAUCUGCAGGCCACAAUCAUGAAUUCAGAGUUGGGUGUUCUGCGUCAGAAGCUGAGUGAGGAAGAAGAGGAGCGAGUUCAGCUGGAGAGGAAGGUCACGGAGCUGUCUGCCACCGUCUCCUCUACCCUGGCCUCCUAUGCCUUCCUAGAGCAGGCCCUGGCUGCAGAGUCCACCAAGUUGCAGCAGUCAUGGCAAGAAGUCCAGCAAGCUACCGACCGGGCCAACCAGUUGGAGGGUGCGUUGGUCCAGUCAGAGCAGCGUGUAUGUGAGCUGUCCCAGGCUCUGGCCCACAGCGAGGAGCAGCUGAGCCAGCUGCAGAGCCACUCCCACAGCCAGAGCAUGCAGCUGCAGAUGCUCCAUGAAGUCCGCGUGCAGCUCAACAGCAUGAUGGAGAUGAACGAGUUCCUACAGAUGGAGAAUGAUAUGGCCAGGGAGCAGGUGGUGGAGAGCGAGGGGACCCUCCGGGCUAACCUACAGGGGCUCAGGGAGAGGAACAUCCAGUGUGAGGACCUCAAAGGAGCCCUCAGCCACCUCCACGCUGAGAGGGAGGCUUUGCAGGCAGAGCUGGAGGACAGUCAGGCCAGAGCCCAGUCGGUCCAAUUGGACCUGGUAGAGCAGCUAGCCCAGGCUGUUACUGACGUCACCCUGUUACACCACACACUGAGACGACUGACCAAUGAUGUUCACACUGCUCUGACCACCAAGAAGCCAGAGGUCUGUGGUAAAGACGAGGUGUCCCAGCCCUCCCUCCAUGUUGAGCGUCAUCCCUCCACCUCCUUCGUGGAUAGCAUCAUGGUGGCCAUCACCACUGACCUGGCACAGGCCAAUGACACACAGCCCCCCUUAGACAUGACAGAGGAACCACAAGCUGAAGGGUUGGGCAGCGAGACCAGCGCCUUCACUCGCCUUGCCCCCAUCACUCCUAAGAAGUGUCAAGUGGUACCUCCAGAGGAGGAGCAGAGUAGUGUGGUGGAGCUGCUAGCAGACCUGGCUAACACAGUCUCUGAGCUCAGCUCCACCAUCACACAGCUAAGACAGAGCAAGGACACCGAGCAGGAGGCAUUGAACAACACCAUCUGUAGGCUGCAGGGGGAGCAGCAGGCCCAGGCCCACAGACACAGGGCUGAGGUAUCCGAGCUGAGGGGCCAGCUGAGCCGUCUCCAGACCCAGCUAGGCCGGGACCAGGUGGCUCUACAGAACAAGGCCCAGGAGGUUGACACUAUGAAGAGGAUCUGCAGUGAAGUGAAUGAGGCCAGGGAGUUUCUUUACAAGCACAAAUCUGAGAACAAAGAGCUGCGUAGGGAGGUGGCAGACCUGCGCCGUUCACUGCACCAAUCACAGGUGGAGUCCCAGGCUCUAAGGGAAGAGCUAAGAAACACCGGCAACCAAUCAGCACACAGCAUGCAUUCCAUGGACGACAAGAUCCGCCUUUUGAAAGAGGUGGAAAGACUAAAGAGGACUCUGUUGGAAGCUGAGGAAGGAAGAGCAAAGCUUCUGGAGAGAGCCAAGAGACAUCAAAUGAUCCACGACACCAACCAGAAGAAAGUGGAGAAGGAACUUAGAGUCCUUGACGAUAUGAUUGAGACGGUCAGAAAGACUUUGUCUUCUGUCCCUGACGUUGUCAAGAACUGCAAGGAACUCAAGACUCUAGUCGAAUAUCUUGGUUAAUGUCAUAUUAUAAACUGAAGUUUUAAUCAGUUGUUUUUUAAAAAUGUUUUCUUAAACCUAUUUGUACAAAUAAAAGAAUCCGGUAACACGUA